AUGUCAUGGCCAACCCCCUUCAGACGCAGCAAUGAAAACACCAGGAAUCUCUGGGGUUAUUCGUUCCAAUGGACUCCGCACCACUUGGCUCCCGAGCAGAUGCAUCCUCUGAAGUUCUCGUAUGAUGUAUUAGGAGAAGAAUGCCUGGAUCGCCUGGACGAGAUCUCGCCACCCACCUCGGGCGAGCUGCCUCGUAACCAGAGCCGGAUUCCAAGCAAAGGAAACGGGGAGAGUGGACCAAAACGAGACUUGUACUCUAUCUUGAAAGAGCACGCCUCAGAAGAUGCUAAACUGGGAGAGCUAUGGGAGGAGGUCAAUACGAUUCCGGCCUGGGUUGACUGGGACCAGAUAGCACGGGGCCAGGAUGUAUUUUAUAGGUAUGGUGGAGCAGCGUUAACUGCUCUGGCGUACCAGUCCUUGCUCGGUGGCAUGGGUGCUGCCCGGGUGACUGAGGUUCUGGCUCGCACCGGCGGCUUCUCUACCAAGGUUGCGAGGCACCGAAUGUACGAGACGACACAGCACAUUCUGCAGGUCACGCAGUCCCUCGAGUCUAUCAAGCCGGGAGGAGCAGGCCACGCCUCGUCAGUCCGGGUCCGGCUCCUCCAUGCCGCUGUCAGGAGGAGGAUCAUGAAGCUAGCAGCCGAACGACCCUCCUAUUACUCCGUCCCUGACCUCGGGAUCCCUAUCAACGACCUAGACUGUAAGGCAACCAUCAACACCUUCUCCUCAGCUCUCAUCUGGGUCGGCCUCCCCCGGCAGGGGAUCUUCCUGCGGCAACAAGAGAUCUUAGACUACCUCGCUCUCUGGCGAUUAGUAGCUUACUAUCUCGGCACUCCCACGGCUGAUUUUGAGACUCCCCAGCAAGCCAGGUAUCUCAUGGAGUCUCUCCUCGCCUCUGAGAUCCGCCCAACAGAGACUUCGAAGAUCCUAGCGAACAAUAUCAUCCUGUCUCUUCAGGGGCAGCCCCCAGCCUACGCCUCUCGCGACUUCCUGACAGCAAGUGCUCGAUGGCUCAACGGUAACGAGCUUGGAGACGCCCUGGGACUAGACCAUCCGAGUCUUUAUUACUGGGCGCUCGUCGCUGGACAGUGCGUCUUCUUCAUGUGUCUCUGUUAUACGUACCGCUCAAUCCCCUAUUUGGAUCGGCGUAAGAUAAAGGCGCUGCGAAGGAUCUUCUAUCGUUUGAUUAUCGAGAAUAAGGAUUUUGGUCUAGGAGAGGAGACGAAUUUUGACUUCAAGUAUGUCCCGAAUUAUUCUACGAUUACAGAGCUGGGGACGUAUGAGGAUUCUGGCUUGGCGAAGAGCGGGGUUGAGAGGAGGAAUUUCAGGACUCUGAUUAUAGCGGGUGCAUCUCUAGCAGUAGUGUUAUACUUCUGGAUGAAGGUCACAUGGAGGGUGGUAGGUUUUCUCAAAGGUUUGUUGUUUCCCGGAUGA